AUGAACGCGAUCCCUACUAUUGAUGAAAUUAGAGAUGUGGUUUUUUCCAUGAACUCUGAUAGCGCUGCUGGUCCCGAUGGGUUCUCGGCUCUCUUUUUCCAACACUAUUGGAGCGUUGUUAAAAAUGAUGUGCAUAAUGUUGUUGUUGAAUUCUUCUAUGGUGUCCCUAUGCCACGAAGCUUCACAUCCACAACCAUUGUCCUUAUUCCUAAGGUGGAGAACCCGGGGGAAUGGAGCGAAUAUAGGCCGAUUAGCCUUUGCAAUGUCACCAAUAAAAUUGUCUCUAAGUUGGUUAAUAUGCGUCUUGCCAAGUUCCUCCCUAAGAUUGUUUCUCCUAAUCAAAGUGGCUUUGUUAAGGGCAGGUCUAUUUACGACAACAUCGUCAUGGCCAUGGAAAUGGUGCAUGAUCUCAACUGGCGCCACAAGCUUUACAAUGUCAUACUCAAACUCGAUAUGAGUAAAGCCUACGAUAGACUGGACUGGAAUUUCCUCCGUGCUAUCCUUUCUCAAUUUGGUUUCAAUGAAGGUGUGGUUCAGCUGAUUAGUAACUGUUUUUCGAAUUGCUGGUUCUCAAUUCUCAUCAAUGGCAAAUUGGAAGGUUUCUUUAAAUCUUCAAGAGGCCUAAGACAAGGUGAAGCCCUCUCACCUGCUCUCUUUAUUAUUGCUGCUGAGUUUUUAUCAAGAAGCUUGAACAGGUUGUUCCUUGAAAAAAAUGCGAUGUAUUUUCAAACCAAGGGAAGAGUUAAGCUCACUCAUCUGUCUUAUGCUGAUGACAUUAUCAUUUUCACCUCCUUUGAUACUUCUGGUCUUGAUAAUAUUUUGAAGUUCCUUGAUGACUAUGAAUCCAUAUUGGGCCAAAGAAUCAACAAGGACAAAAGCUCUAUUAUAUUGCCGAAGCUCUGCCCAGCGGCCAUCCAAAGAGAUCUGAUUUGCAGAACUGGUUUCAACAUUGCGGAGCUUCCAAUCAACUACCUUGGUGCCCCUCUCUUUGUGGGCAACAAAAGAGCGGUCCUUUAUGAGGGAUUAUUGGAAAAAAUUUUACAGCCCCCAAAGUCUACUGUGCAUGUAUUCGAACAGCUCCUCGCCAGGUUUUUCUGGGGAUCUUAUAACUCCAGACGGAGGAAACACUGGGUUUCUUGGUCUAAAAUCUGCAGACCUAAAGAGGAAGGCGGCCUUGGUAUUAGGAGGCUCGAAGAUGUCAUCAAAGCGUUCUCAUUUAAACUUUGGUGGAGAUUGAGACAACAGAAUUCAUUAUGGGCUAAUAUGAUGGAACAAAAGUACUAUCGGGGGUUCUUCCCAGGACAUACACAAAUUAAGGCUCAUGAUAGUUCUGUUUGGAAACGCCUUUGUAACAUUCGGCAAGAGGCGCAGAAGAAAAUCUAUUGGGUCCUGGGGCAGGGUUCUUGCUCUUUUUGGCAUGACCAUUGGUGUAGAGAUCAACCCCUGGCCAAUCUCGUGGCUGGGAACAAACCCCAUAGGGUUAUGCACAACUUAUGGCUUGAUGGAAACUGCGACAUCUCCCUCCUAUCCACAAUUGUUCCUCAUCAUCUUAUUUCUUCUAUUACUUCCGUCCUUAUCAAUUCUGACAAAGAUGUCCUUAUUUGGAAGGAUUCCUCCUCUGGUCUUUUUUCAAUCUCUUCGAUCUGGAAUAGAGUUCGUAGCGUCAGUCCUAGGAGUCUUAUUUUCAACCAAAUUUGGAACCCUAUGCUUACUCCUACGAUAUCUGUCUUUCUUUGGCGCCUUCUUCUGGGUAAGAUCCCUCUUGAUUCAUCUCUUCAGAAACUAGGUAUAAGCCUUGCCUCUAAAUGUCAAUGUUGUCGGAAUGUGGAAACGGUUGAGAAUCUCUUUACGAUUGGGAUGCAAUCUUCUAAGGAACCCCUCAAAAAUUCUACCAACAUGUACGCGGAGCUUUAUGCUAUCUGGCGUGGGCUUGAACUGGUUGCAGAACGGAACCUCCAGCCAAUCUGGAUUGAAACGGAUUAUAUGCCGUGCUACCGCAUCAUUCAAAAUGCUGCCCCGCCUUGUGGCCCCUGGGACCGCCUUGAUGGCACACCUGAACUAAACCCUGAUCUAUUUGACCCACAAUUUUCAUUUUGA